AUGGUUUCCAGACUAACCCCGAUCCUCACAGAAUGGACGCCUGUGAACAUUAAUGACGCCUUCCUUGAGCUCGUCGCCAUUAUGUCGGCGCGCAUCAUGCACAGCGAAGAGGCUUCUCGCAAUCCAACCUGGCUAAAGCUAUCGACAUCCUUCGUCCACACUGCCAUCGAAUACGGAACUGCACUGAAGCACUGGCCUCCGUUCUUGCGGCCCAUCGUCGCCUACUUCCACCCGCAAAGAUUAGAGAAAGAAAACCAACUUGCUGGAGGCCGCGAGAUCGUUGCGAAGUCCCUGUCGAGAAAGAAAGCUCUGGGCGGCGCACCCCUCGAAAAUCCUCCUACGAUGCUCGACCAUCUUACCAGCGGCCAACAUGCUUCCAAGUUGGAUGAUUUGGAUCUUCAGUUGCAGUUGCAGAUGACCUUGGCCGUUGCUAGCAUCCACACAACGUCAUCAACGAUCACUCAGGUGCUAUACGACCUAGCCGCCUACCCGGAACAUACCGAAGAACUUCGCCAGGAGGUUGUUGAGGUCCUCGAGCGGUUCGGCGGUGUAUUCACCAAACAGUCAUUGUCUGAGAUGAAGAAGCUUGACAGCUGGAUGAAAGAAAGUCUGCGCAUGAACGGACCUGACAUGACUACAUUCCAACGUAUGGCCACGAAGCCAUUGACAUUGAAAGAUGGCACCCAUGUUCCUCAAGGAACAAAAUUGGAACUGCCGACAAGCGCCAUCAACUUCGACCCUGCUAUCUACCCCGAACCUCAACUUUUUGACGGAUUCAGAUCUUACCGGCAACGCCAGGAGGAGGGCGCAGAAAUCAAGCAUUCCUUUGUCGCUGUGACUCGCGCCGAGCUUGGGUGGGGUUUUGCAAGACAUGCUUGCCCCGGAAGAUUCUUGGCCGAUGUUGAAGUCAAGCUCAUGUUUGCCGAGUUCCUCCUGAACUAUGAGAUCAGAAACCCCGAAGGUCAACCGCGCUACAAGAACAUCGAAUUCGCCACGAACAUUCUCCCGGAUCCGACAAAAGAGGUUCUCAUUCGAGCGCGGAGAUGUUAA